AUGGAAUUUUUGCCCAAUAUUACCCUAAACUUGUCGGACGAUGCUGUGGGAAAGAUUUGCUUCAACAUGAACGCAGCUUACUUCAAAAUUGGCGACUUCCUGAACUGGUAUAUCGCAAAUUGUGUCGUGGGAACUCUCUUGGCAAUCGCUUCCACCUUGGAGAACUUUUGCAUCCUACUAACCAUUUGGAAAACAUCUAUUCUAAAUACGCCUUCGUAUGUUAUACUUUUUAGCCUAGCGCUCUCAGACCUUGGGGUCGGUUUAUUAAGCCAGCCACUGGCUGUCAUCAACUCUGUAGCCAAAAUACAAGGACGUAUCGGCAUGGCAUGUGUUUCUGGAGCUGCUGUUGCUGCCUCGUCCACUUAUUUAUGCGGUGUUUCUUUGUUAUGUGUCACUGCAGUGUCUAUCGACCGAUAUCUGUCGCUUCAUCUUCACCUAAGAUAUAAACAGUUAGUGACAAAAGUUCGCGUCCUUCUUCUUGUCGUUCUUAUAUGGCUGCUCGCAGCACUUGCUCUUAUUGCAUGGCCGUGGUAUCCUUUCAUUAUAACCCCCAUUGCGAUAGCUGUUGGUUCACUCUGUAUCCUCACCACAUCCGGCUGCUUUUUUCGAAUCUAUCUUGUCUUGCGGUAUCACCGCUCGAAAAUGCGUCAUAAUAUCCGAUCUUCGAUUGAACAGACCACGUCAAACACACAAGAUUCGGCGGUGCACUUUAGGAGGUCAGUAACAGGAAUGUUCUUGGUUUAUAUCAUCCUUCUUUUCUGUUAUCUACCGUACCUGUGCAUAGUUUCUGUGAUUGCAGUGCGAGGCACAAACACAACUAACCGGCUUUUGUUUGAAUUAGCAAGAACCCUAGUCUAUGCCAAUUCUACCAUCAAUCCCUUUAUAUACUGUUGGCGCCUCCAGGACUUGAGAAGAGCCAUCAGAUUACGUUUUUCUUGCGUUUAAUCAGCGGAUUUUUGCUCUCUAGUCAGUAGGUAUGAAAAGGAAGUAUGGAUUUAGAUCAAUUUACACGGCUAUGUAAAAAAAUUCAGAGGACUACAGACUAUAUUGUACCAUGUAUUAACAGACUACAGAAUUUGUUGUACUUUGUAUUACCAGAAUAUAUUUUUGCCUCAGUAGGUCAACUUUGAGCAAUGCACAGGUUAAGGAUUGAUAUACAAGACUUAAAGCAAUUUCUAAGUUAAAACAGAAUUAAAGUUUAACUUGUUAAAUGAGAACAACGUAAUCUCCAGCCAAAAUAUACAUAUACGCCGGAGUGAUGCCUACUAUUAACCGCACCUAGUCUCAAGAGUGCAAGCGCCUGUAUUGAGUCACA